AUGAGUUCACACAGUCCUGGGGGCACUCCAGGCCUGUGGGACAUAGGACAGGCUAUGGGAGUACCUAGGGCUCUGGGGCCAGAGACAGGCUGUGGGAGUGUCCGGGGUCUGUGGGGAACGGAGCAGCCUGGGAGGGUGUCCCAGUCUCCGGUGGUAGCGGGAGCCGUGGGAGAACGGACCAGCGGUGGUGGUGUCCCAGGCCUGUGGGCUAGGCAGCAGGCUCUGGGGGUGCCACCGGCUGAUGCAGUGCGGGGGGCUGUCGAGGAGGAGACCUGCGGUGGGAAUGUCUUGAGCCUGUGGGAAAGGAGGCGGGCUCUGGGGGGGCAAGAGGCUCCGGUACCUGCAGCUUUAGGGGGACCCGGGUCUGUGGAUCAGGAGGCUGGCUGUGGGGCUGCCUCAUGUCUCUGCGUGAGAAGACAGGCCCAGGGGCUGUCUGAGGCAGUGGGGUCGCCAGAGGCAGCAGGUGUGUCCAAGCACAGGAGUGCCCCAGCAGGGGUGCCCACAGCUAUGUUUAUGUCUGGGUCUGGAAGCGUACCUGCCAGGGUGCCUGCCGCUGUGUGGGUGUCUGGCUCUGUGUGUCAGGAAGGCGGCUCCAGGGAUGACUUGAACCUGUGGGGAGAGGUUCGUACUGCCAGGAUACCCUUGGCUUCAGGGGUACCUAUGGCUCCCCAGGAGCUGUGGUCUGUUGGAGAGGAUACUGGUUGUGAGGCUUCCCCAGGAUCAUGGGGAAGGAGACAGAGUGCUAGGGUUCCUGUGGCUGCUGAGGUGCCCACGGCUCCUCGGGUACCUGGUCCCCUGGGGGUGGAAACUGACCCUGGGGGUUUCUCACGCUUGCCAGGGAGGGGACAGACUGCAGGAGUACCUCUGACCGCAGGGGUGUCCACAGCUGCUGGGGCCCCUGGGCCGCUGGUGGGUGAUGCCAGCUCUGGGGGUGGCUCAGGGGUAUGGGGAAGGAGACAGGCAACUGAGGUGCCCACUGCUGCCAGGGCUUCUGGACCUGGGGAUGGGGAGACUGACUCUGAAGGCGUCGCAGGCCUAUGGAGAAGGAGAGCUGACGGAGCUGUCCCUGGGGCUGUCAGGGUACCUCUGUCUUUGGGGGUGCUUGCAGCUGUAGGAGUUCCCACGGCAGGGCGCCGGCCUGCCGCAGUGUGGGUGACUGGGUCUGCAGGAGAAGAACCCAGUGCGGCUGUCUCCAGCCUCACGGCGGGGAGGAGGCCGUCCACAGAGGGCCCCGGGGCUCCAGGGCGGGAGACAGGAGGUAGAAGUGUCCUGGGGUUGCCGGGGGUGGUGUCCUACACCUGUGGGCAUGGGACCAGGUUAUGGAGCUGCCCAAGGUCUGCGGGGGAAGAACCGGACUCUGAGAACGUGCCAGGGUUGUCCAGGACAGGCACGGCUGGGGGGGUGAAUGAAGCCGAGGAAGUGCCCCCGGUUUCAAGGGAGGAGACAGGCAUUGGCCACUUGAGAGAUAAUGCACAGCAGGGUGGGAGGAGACAGGCUGCAGGAGGGUCUAGAAUCAGAGGGAGGGGGGACAAUUUGGGAGAAAAUUGUGAGGGGGAGGACAGAUUGAGGGGUGCAUUCCAGUAGUAUAUAUAUAUAGGGAACAGGUUGGGGGACCCUGGGGCUCUUUGGGAGGGAGCAGGUUGUGGGGGGAUUUGUCCUGUGUUAUGGAUGUAG